GAGGUGCGCUAUGCCCCCUUCCCCUCCGUCUCCUCGCCCACCCACUCCAAUCCGACCACAACUUGCCAGCAGGCGCCGCUACAGCGAGCACAUUCCAGGUCGAUGUCCUCCAUACCACCGGAGCCCUUCAUGAUACAACGAUCCAAGGCGAUGAAUCGGCGCGUGUCGAUAAACGUGGGCGGCGUGAAGCACGAAGUGCUGUGGCGAACCCUCGAGCGGCUGCCCCACACGCGCCUGGGGCGCCUGCGGGAGUGCACGACGCACGAGGCGAUCUCCGAACUGUGCGACGACUACUCCCUCGUGGACAAUGAGUACUUCUUCGAUCGCCACCCGAAGAGCUUCAGCUCCAUCCUGAACUUCUACCGCACCGGCAAACUGCACUUGGUGGACGAGAUGUGCGUGCUGGCGUUCAGCGAUGACCUAGAGUACUGGGGCGUGGACGAGCUGUACCUGGAGUCGUGUUGCCAGCACAAGUACCACCAGCGCAAGGAGCACGUGCACGAGGAGAUGCGGAAGGAGGCCGAGAGCCUGCGGCAGCGCGAGGAGGAGGAGUUCGGGGACGGCAAGUGUGCCCAGUACCAGAAAUACUUGUGGGAGUUGCUGGAGAAGCCAAACACGAGUCUGGCGGCGAGGGUGAUCGCAGUGAUAUCCAUCCUGUUCAUUGUCCUGUCGACAGUAGCAUUGACACUGAAUACGCUACCGUCCCUCCAAGCCGACCACAAUGGCACGCCACAGGACAAUCCCGAGCUGGCGAUGGUGGAGGCCGUCUGUAUCUCAUGGUUUACACUUGAAUAUGUAUUGAGAUUCAGUGCAUCUCCGGAUAAGUGGAAAUUUUUCAAAGGCGGCCUCAAUGUGAUAGAUCUUCUCGCCAUAAUGCCAUACUUCGUGUCCCUGUUCCUGUUGGAAACCAACAAGAACGCCACGGACCAGUUCCAGGAUGUGCGCCGGGUGGUGCAGGUUUUCCGCAUCAUGCGCAUCCUGCGAAUCCUCAAGCUGGCCCGCCACUCCACGGGCCUGCAGUCGCUCGGCUUCACGUUGCGCAAUUCAUAUAAGGAGCUCGGUCUGCUCAUGUUGUUCCUGGCAAUGGGCGUUCUCAUAUUCUCAUCCUUGGCAUACUUUGCCGAAAAGGAUGAGCCCCAAACCAAAUUCAUAUCCAUUCCUGAAACAUUCUGGUGGGCCGGGAUCACGAUGACCACAGUGGGGUACGGGGACAUCUAUCCCACCACUCCGCUAGGAAAGGUCAUUGGCACGGUGUGUUGUAUAUGCGGCGUACUGGUAAUUGCUUUGCCCAUUCCCAUCAUCGUUAAUAAUUUCGCCGAAUUCUAUAAGAAUCAGAUGCGUAGAGAAAAAGCUCUUAAGCGUAGGGAAGCAUUGGAUCGGGCCAAGCGCGAGGGCAGCAUCGUCUCCUUCCAUCAUAUCAAUCUAAGGGACGCAUUCGCCAAAAGCAUGGAUCUCAUUGACGUCAUCGUUGACACAGGACACAACCUCUCGCAAACUGAUGGCAACAGUACCGAGGGCGAAUCUGCGUCCGGAAGGAACCCGGCAAUCACGGGAACGGGCUGCUAUCGCAAUUACGAUCACGUGGCGUCACAUCUGAGGAGUAAUUCGUCUCAGGGAACUGGAGCUGGACAGGCACUGGAUGUCGUGCCGCAGUACAGUCCACUGCUGCAGCGUCGUCUCAUGGAGCGAGAUCGCCAGGAGAUGGAUAAUGAGCUGGAUGAGAGCCAACCGCUGACGCAAAAUGACACGCCGGUUCACAAUCCCGUGCAAAUGAUGGCAACCAGAGCGUACUUUCAGCAGAGGACAAUAGAGGAGGUGGCCGAGCUUCGGCGUCAAGUGGCCAUGGAGCAGCCGCCCAAUGCGAAGAACAAAGACAGACCAGAGACUGAAGUACCGACAGAGUUUGAGUGUUGUUUUUGUACGUCCAAGGACUUGCGUGAUUUCAUCGAUGCCGAGGGUCUCAUGCCACUGCCCACGUCGGACUUCAACUUCCCAGUGUCGCUGGAGAUGAAAUCGCUCAGCAGUCGCCAGAACGGGGCGUCGCUGGCUCUGCAGACGCCGCCGGCGUCGUGCUUCAGCACGGUCACGCUUCCGCUGGAGACGCCCUUGCGCGCCUACGGAACGCCAACGGCCACGUCGAUGGGCGCCGCGGCGAACGGCGAUCUGGCCAGCGUGGACAGCUCAGACACGUACGCAAGCUGCCAGACGCAUCCGUUCCACUCUCAGGGCGAUCUCACGGCGGACAUGCUGGACGCCGUGUGCGACUUCGAUCUGGAGACCAACAAUCUCUACAUCAACCCACUGGAGGCGCGCUCGCAGGUGAAGAAGUCCACGUCCGGAGACACUGCGCUGAGGAAUCUGGGCGCCGGCACGCUCGAGGAGGAUUUCCAGACGCUGCAGCCGAUGGCCUUCGAGGCGCCAGAGCGCGGAAGCAGAGCCAGUUUGGGCGAAACACCGAGCGUGCCGAAGCACAGGAAGACGCGUUUCCAGCAGCAGAGUCUCAAGUCCAGGACGCGCUUCGAGGAUGCGAAGAUAUCGCAGGAGAGCCUGAAUGAGAAGGGGAAGAAGAAUCGCAGAGCUUCCUUUAUGCCCGCCAAGAGUCUCGCAUCGGCGACGAAGCUGAUCAAUCAGCAUCUCUUCGGGAUUCAGAGUUCGAGCCCCAAAGCGAAGGGUGAGGCCAAGCUGUCGUCCUCGAUUGACUCCAUCGACUCGUCGCCUCAGCUGGAGUCUCAUCGGCGCUCCAAGUCGAUUCUCAAGAACAAGACGGACGCCGUGAAGGCGAUGACUGAUCCGGAGAGCGAACGUCUCCUGUCCGACAACAUGUCAGGAUCGGGAGUGUCGGACAACGGAACGAUUGAAGCCGACUACUCGCCCAAUCGCAUCGUCAUUGCGCUCUCUUCGACCUCAAUGCUGCCCAUGGCCAAACAUCGGCCGCUGCUGCAGCAGCGCUCCGUGCCAACGUGUCCCAGCACGUCGUCGCCCCAGGCGAAGCCUACCAAGUUCCAGGUGCCACGAUAUCCGGAGGAACUUCUGGUGAGACAGGGCAAGUCCACACUCCAGCGCAGCAUGGGAAUCCCUUCGUACAUCGACAACUUCUCCGGCGACGCGAAGACGGACUCUGUGCUGCGCGACAGUAGCCUAGAAUCCGAAACGGCAUUCACCGCCGCGUUUCCAUCGGCGUCGGGAGCGAAAGGUGAUAAAGAUGAGGAAUUCAAUUCCGGUGACGAGAGCAGAUCGCUGCUGCGUGGAAAUUCCACGGAGAAUCGCGAUUCCAGUUCGUAGCAUUGAAAAGUGUGUGCGAAUCACGAUUAACUCCACAGAUUGUCUUUGCGACGGAAAAUCAAUUACGCCAAAUAAAGUGUAUAAGUAAGUGAAACGACGAAUAGAAUAGAGAGAGAGAAGAUGCGUCGCAAACUAAUCUUAUUGUGUCUCGAAGACGAACAACAAAUCGUCACUUGCAAUGAUAUCUAUUUCAUUUGGACGCGUUUGUUGAAGAGCGACACUCGCCCGAAGGAUAUAAACUUUAUCUGUUGAAAGCAAUAAAAUUUCUAUAUAUUGAAAGAACAUUUUUACGUAUACUCAUAAAUCCAAAGGAUGACUUCUGUUCCGACUCAAUAUUUUGUCAUACAAAAAUUCUUUCACCACACACAAAAAAAAGACUCUUUUCUUUUUGGAUCACAGAAAUACUGUCAAUUUAUGCAAGAACAACAACCAAUACUUUGGCAAAAACAAAAAACAAAACAUUAAGAAAAGCACCUAAAAUAGUCGGAAGUAAAAUAUUAAAAAAAAAAUGUGAGCAAAAGAGAAAUUCAUAGAAGAACAGACAUUGAAAAUGUUAACGUGAAUGAUGGCUUUUAUCUGUGAUUAUAUUAUAAAAGAAGAAAAAACAAAAAAUAAUUAUAUAGAGAGAGUUAAAGAAAAUAUAAAACACAGAAUAAUAGAAAAGUCUAAUAUUAGAAAAUUAGAGAGAUGUGAGAUGAAAAUUUAUAUAUCCUCUCCCAUAAGGAUGUAAACUAUUUGAUGUUUUUAUGUUAUCCUGCAUAAUAAUUAUUAUUACUUGAUUUAAAGUUUACCUCUAAAGUGAAUAAAAACAAUUAGAUUUACAUUAGGAUAGUGAUUAUGAAGAUGAAAAACAAUAAAUUAAAUAUCAAGUUUUUUCAAAAUAUAAAUUUGCCUAAAUUCGGCAUCGCUCUAAAUUCGCUGCCAAACUAAUAAGAGAGAAAGAGAGAGAAAAAACAUUCACAAAAUUAUUCGAAUUGAAAAUGUUGUAUAAAAAUAUCAAAAACAAGAAAAAGUGAAGGAGAAAAUUGGUAUAUCAUGACGUAAAAAGAUGUUUUUUAUGCUUCAAAAUAUUCCUCGACUCGGAAAGAAGGUAAGAAGAAAAACAAUCUACGAAACAGUUAUACAAGGAAAAUACUUCAAGAAUAUUACUAGGCGCGGUUUUUUCUUAUCACAACUCACCAAAAAAAAAAUCACUUUUCUUUCAAAUUUUCAUCUUUUUUCAAACUGCGGCAAGGGAAAAUCAAAAAUAAGAAUUUUAUCUCAAUGAAAAAUUAAACCUCGAACAUUUCUAGCGAACACGAUAAGGCAAAACUUCAUAUAAAUACAUUUUUAAAUUUAAAAAACAAAAAUGCUGCCGAACAAAUUUAAGAAAUAACAUCACAAUUUAUACACAAAUCUCUUCAAAUAGAAAUAAUACGAAAUAACCGUAAAGUUACACAAAUCUAGAGAAAUAAACGUUUAGUUUUAGUUUCACUUUGUUUUUUUUUUCUUUAUUACUUUAUGGAAUAAAUUACUGUUGGUUAUUUUUUCAAUGUCAAGCACAAAAAGAUAUUUAUAUUUUUUUUUCUUUGUAUGUAAAAUUUUAAUGUAAUUUCGAAAUGACUAUAAAUUGAACGAGAAAGAAAAACUUAUAUAACAAUUAUAAAAUAGAUGAAAUUUUUAAAAGAUAAAACCAUUCCUUUGCUUAGAGUAAAUAAUGAAAAAAAAUAUACAUAAUAUACAACUUUGUUUUUAUAAAAUAUAUUUAAAUAUAUAUAUAUAUUGAGAAAUUACCUUCUAUACUUCUCAAACGGCAAAGCGACAAAUAUGCAAAAUCUAUUAGCAAAGUAUUUUCAAGGACAAGAUAUAACAAAAAAAAAACAUUUUGAGAUGGAUAUAUUAUAUAUUAAACUAAUCGUGGAAUAUUGCUAAACUUGCAGAAUUGAUCAAUAUAUUGAUUUUCAGAGGAGUUUUUCGCGGAUUUCCUUUUUGAUACCAAUAGUCUCACAGGUCACAGAGA